AGGUCCAAUUUUACAUAAAGACAUAGCAUCUAAAAAUGUUGUCCUGGAUAAAUAUCUAAAUGCACGCCUUAUCGACUUUGGUUUGGCCCGAGAAAAAGACGACAAAUCAACAAUCCAUGGAGGAAGAAGACCUUAUGACCAUCCUGAAAUAGGGCAUGGGAAAGGUGCCAAAGAAUACCAUGACUAUCAUAGCUUUGGAGUCAUUAUUCGAGAAAUGUUGACAAGUCUUGAACCUGAAGGAGUAAAUGGUCAUUUCCUGAUGAAUAUGGAAAAGGAUCAGAUUGAAGAAAGAAUUGAUAAAAAUGUUUGGAUCUGUGAGGAAGUCAUUCAAACACUCUAUGACUUGUCUUACAAUUGUUUGAUAUGUGCAUGGACUAUUAAAGAUUUGGAAGGAAAUGUAAUUGAAAUGUCUAAAGAACUACAA